CCCGGCUCGUCCGAACCAUCCCCUAGGGGUUCAUUAAAACAUAAUUUUCAAAUAACCCCAAGACAACUAAAAUUAUAGUUUCACAAAGGCGCUUUUUCUUAUUAAUUACCCCCGUGUUAGGCUUGUCAGAUGAACCAUUUAGUAGCAUUAAACACCACUUAGUAUUCAUUUGAAGGGUAUAAAGGCGCGAGAGAUAUUUAUUAUACUCGGACAAACUAGAGGGAAAAUAACGCUAGAAAAUUCAGCGAAAACCGAUGAAACUACGCCUCGUUUUAACCCGGUAGAAAAUUAAAAUGUAAAAUGUUUAGAGGUGAAAAAAUAUUCCAGCGAUGCCUCUAAUUAAAUACCAGUAGCAAGAAGUAUAGUAAUUAAUCAACUCACCUUUGUACAAUCGAUUCUAAUCAACCGGUUUCACAUAUCAACGAAAACUUUCAACGCCGAAUUAACCGGACGAUUCGAGGCGAAAGAUCCGCCAGUUCUGAGCGAGCGAACGCGACGAAAUCUCCCCCAACAGCUCUAAACCGAAAAUGCAUCGAGCACGUUUCGGCUACCUCCAAUCCAGCGCACGCGCGCCUCUACCGGCGAAUUCCAGCGAAUCGAGCUUCGAAAACCUGACGCAUUGAAGGAUCGAAAACGUUCAGAUGACAUCGAACAAGAUGUUCGCAGCUCAACAACCAGCCCCCAAUGAAUUGUACACUCCGGCGUACCAACCGGACGAUUCCAAUUCCAUUCCAUUCCAGGAAUUCACCGAUUCCGAUAUCAACAACGAGAGAUGGGACCAACAAUCAACCAUCAACACCGAAGGGUUCAUGGACGUCUACGCGGUUCUUCUGCCGCACAGUUUGCAGGGGUACCAAUGGAAACCCAUCGGGGAGUACUUCGUGGAUACGGAUUUCGUGGUGAAAUUGGACGAUAAUCCGUCCUAUCCGGACCUGAUGACGGCCAACGAGCACCUGAUGUGUUCGGACUUCAUGCGGAGCUUCGUCACCAGCAUGGAGACGCUCUAUUAUUUGAGCAACGUGCGGCAGUUUUCGGUGGAGUAUGUAUCGCAGGGUUUCUCGCCUUCGUUCGAUAAAGAGCGCUGGAGACCUUGGCAUCACGUUUAUUCCAAUUGCAAAUCGGGGAAGAAUUACAACCAUUCGCCUACGGUUAAUAAGUUUGGGAAAUAUGUCGUUCGACUCUUUUGGUUGGGAUCUUGGAAGAAGAUCUAUGUUAGCGAUAAAGUGCCGGUUAGCGAGAGCGAUCAAUUGUUGUUGCCCUAUUUGUUCCAUUCGCAUUUCCAAAACGAAGAAACGCCUGUAGUUUCGGGCAGACCGAAGAGCGAAAAAUCGUUGUCUAGAAGAAACGUGGUGGAAUUAUGGCCGAUUCUUCUCACCAAAGCGCUCAUGAUCGUGGCCAGUUUGACUUGGAAGAAAGACAACGAAUUGCUCGAUUUCGAUAUCAUCCAAUGUCUGACCGGUUGGAUCUUCAACAAAAUCGAUACAACUUACAUGGACCCGUUGAAAGUGUGGCAAAUUUGCAUGGAUUAUACAUCGCAAUACACCUGGUCCGAUCCGAUAUCGGCCACUCCUUCAACCGACAGAAGAAAAAGCUCGGAGCAACGAAAAUCUUCUACUCGAUCCAACCUACUGGUCGAUACUAAAAAUCGAUUCGUUGUAGUCCUCGGGAUAUCCUUAAACAGCGAUAAAGAAAAUAUACGAGAUUGGACCCACGGGUUACUGGUGGUACAAACCAGAACAGUACCGAUACUAAAACCGUCUUGCGACGAAGAAUUCGAAGCUUGGAAGCGCUACAGAUGGAUCGAUUGGGCCAUCGAACACAAACUAAUAAAUCCCCGUUGCCCGCCGAAUCCGAUCCGCAGCUUCAAAACGGUGGAUCCGUUCAGAUGCAGAUACCAAAGCAGCGUCCUUUCCGACCUCACUAUGGAAUCCAAACCAUCGCAAGACAGCAAAUCCAAAGCGACCAACAAACCGAACGCCAAUCCACCGCCGUUGAAAGACAUCACCGAAUGGCUCGACCUGGACCAAAUCCACCGACAACUGAAAUACGUCACCAUCUACUACAUGCCCUCCACCUACAAAUCCAAGACGAGAAUAUCGAACAUGACCAGCGAGAACAUCCCCAAGCAACAGAAACCCACGUUGGCCCAAUCGCUGGUCGAUUUGAUCGGCACCAAUUGGAAGGAAAUCGUUCGACCUCUGGCCAUGCAACAGCACCGCAACGAGCCUUUGUACAUCUUCUCCGACAGCCUGGAAGAGCAAAGCGUCGUCGUCAAUUUGAACUACUCGGGCUGCUUGGACGCCAUAACGACGCGCCUCGCCGAACGGGAGUUUCUCGCCGACGCCGUCGAAUCGGAAUGCGACCUGUGCAUCUCGAACUACUUGGAGCGCGUGAAGCGCUACUGCGCGAGAAACGCUCGAAGCGAAGCCAGGCCGGUCCAGAGCAGCAUCGUGAAGGUGCUCAGGAACGCGGAGCACGACGACGCCCGCGCGUCCGUGGUGGUGACGAAGUUCAAAUGGGACAGCGAUCGCGUGGAUUUGCGCGAGGGGGCGCUCGCCACUUUGGGAUCGGGUUGCAUGGUGUUGCACCUGACGCCCGGCAGACAUUUGUUCCAAAUGUGGUUGCAAGUCGAUCGGCCCUACGCGGUGCAAGUGGUGUCGAACGGGUACCUGUGCGUGGGCACCUUGGAGGAGACUCUUACUCUGAUGGGGAGAGAUUCGAUCCAAUUCAGGGUGGCGUAUUCCUCGUUGGUGGACACUCUUCGAGCGUUGGUGGCGUCGUUCGGACGCGAAUCCUACGUGGUGGUGUUGAAGGAGUUCUACAAGUGCUUCAAACCGAAAGAAGAGGUCACCAAACAGGAAUGGUUGGGUAUACAAGAGGCGUUCUUCGACAAGUUCUUCGACUCCGUUCAGAAGACCUUGGGCGACGACGCGCUCCGGGCGGUGAAGAUCCUCUUCAGGAAAUGGCAAUUGGAAUCGAGCCGGCGAUGCGACGUCAACGAUCUAUCGCAAUUCUGCUAUCGCGUCUUCGACGACGAGAAGGUGUACGUGAAGAUGAUGCACGACGCCGCCACCGGGAUACAAUCGUUCUUCAGGGGCGUCUACGAGCGAUUGUUGACCCGCCACCACGCCUUGGGCUCGUCCAGGCACUCCAAAACGGCCGUCCUUCUGGCCGGCGUCGUCGAGAAAUUCGUCCACAACGAAAAGCGAUUAGGCGAGAAACGGUUUCGAAGGGCGGCGACGCUGCGCAAAUUCAUCCAAAGCGACGAGCUAUCGGAUUUCCGAAGCAAGUACACGUGGUACCGGACGUUGGACAACGACGUAUCGCUGGCGCUCUUCCACGUGAAUUUGAAAUCGAUCGACAACGGUUGGAUAUUCAUUUCGAGGCAGAUAUUCCACGUGCGCACCGAGCACCCGCUAACAUUGAGGAUCAGCCUCUUCUGCAACUUGAGCCGGUACUAUCUGGUCGUCUACGACAACGACACGUCGGAGAAGAUGAAGAGCCACGUCAACGACUCUGCCGUGAACGAAUAUCCCGCGAACGCCGCUGGUUACACGGCAGUGGCGUUCGGAUGGGCCGAUAAACAGACGUUUUUGAAUUGCAAGAUAAUGUUCGCCUGUCGGCCGGACAAUAUCGAAGACUACGUGGCGUUUUCGAGCAAAGUACCGCGGAAGGAGGUCAUAUCGAACUACUACAUACCUAACAAUUGCAACGUUUUAUACAUUUUGGCGCUCAAAUCCGAUAUCACUAAUAUAACGUUGCAUCUGUUCACCGACUACCCCAAAGUGAACAUGAAACUAAGCAUUUUCAACGCCAAAGAACCGGACGAUAAAUUAGUGGAAGUCGAAGGAAUCGGUUACGUUACAGUACCAUCGCUUACAAUAGAAAACAAACUAGCACAAUUAACAGAAAAAGAAUCGAGUUGCACGGUGGAACUCGAAGGAAAAUCGCGCAAAGACAUGAAGCAUUCGAAGAAAGAUCUAUUGGCUGAGCACGUCGUGCAGCAGGACAACCAGAUCUUCGCCAAUCUGAAAAUCCCGGAGGAAAGAUUCGUGAUAGAGGCCACCAUAGAGCAGGGCUGCUGGCCCUUGACCGCCCCCGAAUGGAACAACGUGGACAAAGAGAGGCAGAAGUUUCUGAUCAGACCUACCGCCUCCAACGUUUCCACGUUGAUGAGCAAAUCGUCGCACUUGAGACAAUUGGAAAACGACGGUCCUCGUUGGACGAUGGAGGUGUAUUUCAACAACUGCGAUCACAUCGCUUUCUACAAGGACACCGAAAAGGACGAUUUACUGAAGGCCAUCAAGCAGGAAUACAGCAGAAGCCAUACGGCUGCUUUCGCGAAAGCUUUAAAGACUAGGGAGCAAUUCAUUCGAGAGCACUCGAUUCCCAAUCCGGAUUUGUGCCUCGAGCCGGGCAAGCGGUCGUUGAAUCGGGAGAUUUUCCUCGAGAAAAUCCUGCCGUCGGUCGAUUGGUCGAAAUACUACGAAGUGCCGAUCGACGAGGACACCAUCAGGAAGGCCAGGAGGAUGAAAACCGCGGAGGAGUCGUGGAUUUUUUCGUACGGGGUCCUGGCGAGGCAUCUGACGGAUUUGUCGGCGUCGGAAAAAUCGAAAAUCGCCAUGCGGGAGUUUCACAAGAAAGAACAGAAGAAAUUGGCUGUUUUAAACGAUUGGUUCGAUGAAAUAAGAAGGGAAUCGGAAAACAUGAUGGGGCAAUCGUACAGGCAGCGAGAACGCUACAUUCAACACUACAAAGCCAAAAUGUUGAUGGCGAAAUCGCAAAUCGGCAAAUUAGUAGCACAAAAAAACGAACCAGUCGAAGAUGAUAGAGAUAAACAAACGCUUAUUGAGUAAAAACUCGAUUACAAAAAAACAACAAACUAAUUUAGAUAUUUAGUUAUUUUCGUGUAAAUUACGUAGGUAAAGCUAUUUCGAGAUUAAUAUAUACAGCGAAAUAUAAACUCCAUCAGCAUUCAUUUCCCUCUUAUAAAGACAUGUAUAUAAAUGUUAUUAUGCAUCUUAUUAUUAUAAAAACAUGCAUAAAUCCAACGGAGCGUGUAAAACGGGAGUCUAUUUCGCUACAUUCCGGUCAAGUAGAUCAACGGUGAUGUCUCAACAACUACAUUGUUC